AUCAAUACCUCCAAGGUCGACUGCUUCUCCCAACACUUUCUUUCGCCAUGUCCUCCAAAUCCACUCCUGUUAUCCUUCUUGUCCCUGGCGCAUUUGGUUCCCCUGAUGUGUAUGGCCCUCUGCUGCCGUUCCUAAAGGAUGCCGGGUUCGCCACUCAUCCUGGCCCCUAUCCGAGCUCAAACCCCGCGGACCCUUCUGCAGCAACAUGUACAGGUGAUAUCACAUCUUUACGUGACGGCAUUCUUCGUCCCCUUGUUGAAGAGCAGCAAAAGGAUGUCGUCAUCCUCGCACAUUCAUAUGGUGCGAUUGUUGCCAGUGGCGCUGCGAAGGGCCUCGACAAGAAGACUCGCAGCAGCCGGGGCCAGGUCGGCGGUGUAAUUGGGCUCAUAUACGUUGCCGGAAACAUUGUUCUGGACAACGAAUCUCUUGGCGAGUCUCUAGGGGGAGCCAGUCCCCCCUUCAUCAAGCUUGAUAAGCCAUCCGAUGGCCUCGCUUUGAUCGAACCGGCCACGGAUAUCUUGUACAACGACUGCGACCCAGGACGUGCAGCGGAAUUGAGCAACACACUCAUCCCUCAUGCGUACUCUGCCUUCCAAACCAGAUCCACUGCCCCAGCAUGGGCAGAUACUGCAUUUGAUGGGAGAAGAGCAUACGUGCGUACUCUGGACGAUUGUUGCAACCCUGUCUUCGUGCAGGACUUAUGGCUUGAGAAGACAAAGGUACACUGGGAUGUAGUCGAUCUGAAAACCGGCCACAUGCCGUUUGUCAGUCAACCUGAGGCGCUUGCUACCGAGGUAAUCAAGUUUGCCAAAGGCUUUGUGUCGCUCUGA